AUGUACUACUUUCCUCUCACACAGAGAUUGCAAAGAUUAUAUGCUUCGAAUGCAACAACAAAAGAAAUGAGAUGGCAUGCUGAGCAUGACCAUGAAGAUGGGGUAAUGUGUCAUUGUUCAGAUGCAACUACAUGGAAGCAUUUUAAUAAAACACAUCCUUCAUUUGCUGCUGAGGUUCGGAAUGUAAGGCUAGGACUGUGCACCGAUGGGUUUCAACCAUUCGGUCAGUCUGGACAACAAUAUUCAUCUUGGCCAGUCAUUGUCACUCCUUAUAAUUUGCCUCCUUGGUUAUGUAUGAAGGAAGAGUAUAUGUUCCUAACGGUAAUAGUUCCUGGUCCGAGAAACCCAAAAGACAAAUUGGAUGUGUACUUACAGCUCCUUAUUGCAGAGUUGAAACAGUUGUGGGAAGUUGGAGUUGAGACAUAUGAUGCAUCAAAGAAGAAUAAUUUUAAUAUGAGGGUUGCGUUAUUAUGGACAAUAAGUGAUUUCCCUGCAUAUUCAAUGUUAUCCGGUUGGAGCACAGCAGGCAAGACUGCUUGUCCAUAUUGUAAGGACGAUUCAGAUGCAUUCACAUUGACAAAGGGUGGUAAACAAUCAUGGUUUGACAAUCACCGUAAAUUCUUACCAGCUAACCAUCCUUUCAGACGGAAUAAAAUUGCUUUUAGAAAGAACAAGACGAUUACAAAAGUGCUCCCCAUUCUAUCCGGUGAGGAAAUUUUAGAACAAAUAGAACAUCUAGGAUUAAUGUGUGUCACAGAUAUGGGUGCAGAUGAGAAUAACAGUUGCAAAGCAAAAAACACGGGUUGGAAGAGACGGAGCAUUUUUUGGGAUUUGCCAUAUUGGAGUACUAACAUGCUUUGCCACAACCUGGAUGUCAUGCAUAUAGAGAAAAAUGUGUUUGAAAAUAUUUUUAAUACUGUGAUGAAUGUUGAAGGGAAGACGAAGGACAAUGCAAAAUCAAGGGAAGAUUUGAAAGAGUUUUGUCACCGACCUGAGUUAGAGAGGGAUAUGGCAACAGGAAAGUAUCCUAAAGCAUGUUACACAUUAGACAAACAAUCAAAAGCAGUGUUGUGUGAAUGGCUUAAAAAUCUUAGAUUCCCAGAUGGUUAUGUGUCAAACAUGGGUAGGUGUAUAGACAUGCGAAAACUAAAGUUGUUUGGGAUGAAAAGCCAUGAUUGUCAUGUCUUUAUGCAAAGAUUACUCCCAAUAGCAUUUAGGGAAUUGCUUCCAAAAAAUGUGUGGCAAGCAUUGACCGAAUUGAGCAAUUUCUUUAGAGAGUUAACUUCAACAACACUUAGAGAAGAAGCCAUGUUACAGCUCAAUGAAGAGAUUCCUAUUAUAUUAUGUAAACUAGAGCGUAUAUUCCCUCCAAGUUUCUUUGACUCCAUGGAACACCUCCCAGUGCAUUUGGCUUAUGAAGCAUGGAUUGCUGGUCCUGUGCAAUAUCGGUGGAUGUAUCCAUUUGAGAGGUACCUUAGGAAGUUAAAAAAUAAUGUGAAAAAUAAAGCCAAAGUGGAAGGUUCCAUAUGCAAUGCAUACUUAGUUGAAGAAGCAUCGUCAUUCUACGCUCAUUAUUUUGAACCCCAUGUCAACACAAGGCAUCGAAAGAGAAUCUAUCAAUUUUCACUCAUUCCGGUAGGCCAUCGGAAAAGGAAAGGUUAG